AGGCAGCCUCACAGAGCUUCUCAGCAUCAGAUGGUGACCAGUCUGGUGACGCAGAGCUGCAGCGAUGAGCUACCCACUAACCCUGGACAUGGACUUCAUCACCUAUAACAUGGGGGACCUGGAAUUUGCCUUCUACGGUAACAGCACGGAGAUCCCUUUCCAGGACGGUCACUUCUGCUCCUCAGUGGAGGGGCCCCUGCUGGCCUCCUUCAAGGCGGUGUUCAUGCCGGUGGCCUACAGCCUCAUCUUCCUCCUGGGUAUGAUGGGAAACAUCCUGGUGCUCGUGAUCCUGGAGAGACACCGGCACACUCGGAGCUCAACCGAGACCUUCCUGUUCCACCUCGCAGUGGCCGACCUCCUCUUAGUCUUCAUCCUGCCAUUUGCAGUGGCCGAAGGCUCUGUGGGCUGGGUCUUAGGGACCUUCCUUUGCAAAACCGUGAUCGCUCUGCACAAGAUCAAUUUCUACUGCAGCAGCCUGCUGUUGGCCUGCAUCGCCAUAGACCGUUACCUCGCCAUCGUCCACGCCGUCCAUGCCUACCGCCGCCGUCGCCUCCUCUCCAUCCACAUCACCUGCACAACCAUUUGGCUGGCUGGCUUCCUGUUUUCCUUACCGGAACUCCUCUUUGCCAAGGUUAGCCAGCCUCAUCACAAUGACUCCCUGCCACAGUGCAUCUUCUCCCAAGAAAACGAAGCCGAAACCAGAGCCUGGUUCACUUCCCGAUUCCUCUACCAUUUGGGGGGCUUCCUACUACCCAUGCUUGUGAUGGCCUGGUGUUACGUGGGGGUGGUACACAGGCUAUGCCAGGCCCAGCGGCGCCCUCAGCGGCAGAAGGCAGUCAGGGUGGCCAUCUUAGUGACAAGUAUUUUCUUUCUCUGCUGGUCACCCUACCACAUUGUCAUUUUCCUAGACACGCUGGACAGGCUGAAGGCCGUGAACAGCAGCUGUGAGCUGAGCGGCUAUCUCUCUGUGGCCAUCACCGUAUGUGAAUUCCUGGGCCUGGCCCACUGCUGUCUCAAUCCCAUGCUCUACACCUUUGCCGGAGUAAAGUUCCGAAGUGACCUGUCUCGGCUUCUGACCAAGCUAGGCUGUUCUGGCCCAGCCUCCCUUUGCCAGCUCUUUCCCAACUGGCGCAAGAGCAGUCUCUCGGAGUCAGAGAACGCCACCUCUCUCACCACCUUCUAGGCUGCAGAACAUCUGCACCCCCUUCUUUGCUUCUGUUUCCCUCGGGAGCAGAGAAUGAUGCUAGAAGUCGUUCCAACAAGAGCUGGGCUUCCAAGAGCUACUUGGGCCAGUGUCUCCAGAUGGGACAGCUAGAUGAACUUUUUCUAGAACGUCCCUGAAGCUCUUCCGCCAGCCGUCAGGCUAGAUUAGAGCCCCAGGAAGGGAAGAAAGCUGAAGACUAAGCAGGAGCUCUCCUGACCGCCUCUGUCACUGUGAGGUGAGGACUGUGUUCCUAGUGAGGACCGCGCACACCUCUCAUCCUAACCGGCCCAAGUUAAGAAUCAACUUACAGCUGGAGAAAUGGUUCAGAGGUUAAGAACACUGGCUGCCCUUCCAAAGGUCCUGAGUUCAAUUCCCACCAGCCAUGUGAUGAUCCUAACCAUCUAUAGUGAGAUCUGGCACCCUCUUCUGGCCUGCUGGCUCACACAGAGGAAGAGUAAAUAAACCUUUUAAAAAUCAGCUUUACUUCUUCCCUGGCCAUAGGGAAAACCAUCUAUGCUUGCAGCCUACAAUCUCAUCUGCCUCCUGAUUAUGAGCCCCAGAAUCUCCUCCCAGAAUGCAUUUCAUCACCCACCACUCCUACACCACUGAGGACUAGCCAGCUGGCCGCGGAGUACUGGAGUAUGGCCUUAACAUGCCUGUCUCCCAAAUACAGACUCUGCCAGACCUUCCACGGUGCCGCUCUCUUAACUGAGCAGGAAGCUGAAACUGAUGUACUUUAGGUAGCUGUCUGGCUCUAACCAAACCAGCACUGGGUCAGCCCCAUGUUACUGGAUCUUGGAUUACGGACUGAGGACAAGUUCCAGAAGGCCCUGGAAGCUAGCCAGUAUCCCAAGAUGAGUAAAGAGAAAGCCAGCAGGAAAGAAGCCCAGUGGAGAAAUGGAAAGACACAUUCUCUAGGCCCCAAAGAGGGGCAAGUAAACAUCAAACCCAGCUGUCUUCUCUAUCCAUGGACCAAAGCUUCCAGACUACAGGGCGAGGAGAUCCAGGGCCGUAGUGAAUUCUGGGUAUUGAUGGGAAAGAACGUUGUAAUGGAAUCUUUGGUUUCUUUUAAAACUCAGUUAUGGGGGAUGGAGGGAUGGAGGGAUGGCUCAGGUGUUAAGAGCACUGGGCUGCUCUUCCAGAUGGUCCUGACUUCAAUUCCCAGCAACUACAUGGUGGCUCAUAAGAUCUAUAAUGAGAUCUGGUGCCCUCCUCUGGUGUACAGGAAUAAUGCAAAUG